AUGGUGCUGGCUAGGGAACCUGGCCGUCCUCAGCCCUCCCUGACUCAGCCCUGCUUUCUCUCCAGGAUGAGAGUCUGUGCUAAAUCCGUGUUGCUGUCACACUGGCUCUUUCUGGCCUACGUGUUAAUGGUGUGCUGUAAGCUGACAUCCGCCUCAAGCCAGCACCUCCGGGGACACGCAGGCCACCACCAAAUCAAGCAAGGGACCUGUGAGGUGGUCGCCGUGCACAGGUGCUGCAAUAAGAAUCGCAUAGAAGAGCGGUCACAGACGGUGAAGUGUUCCUGCUUCCCGGGACAGGUCGCUGGCACCACUCGGGCCCAGCCUUCUUGUGUUGAAGCUUCCAUCGUGAUUCAGAAGUGGUGGUGUCACAUGAAUCCUUGUUUGGAAGGAGAGGAUUGUAAAGUACUGCCAGAUUACUCAGGUUGGUCCUGCAGCAGUGGUAAUAAAGUCAAAACUACAAAGGUUUUUGCUGCAUUUGCUAUUCUAAAUAGUUCUUCUGUCUUUGGAGUUGUCAGUGUGAAGACUUCUAAUACUGACACUUCUACGGUGUCUUCUUAG